AUGUCUUUCGCACGUCGCAGCACUUUCCGUCUCGUAGCUCUGCGUGGCCAAUUGAUCACUUCUACCGUUCCUAUCACGCGCCCUUUCUCAUUCUCACCAAUUCGCAAUAUGUCCGUCCCCACCACCAUGAAGGCCGUCGUGGUCGAGCAGACCGGUGGCCCCGAGGUUCUACAAUAUAAGACCUCCUAUCCGGUUCCAACGCCCCAGGAGGGCCAGCUGCUCAUUCGCAACAAUAUCUCCGGAGUGAACUAUAUCGACACAUAUUUCCGCACGGGACUAUAUGCUUCGCCUAAGCCCGAGAUCCUAGGUCGUGAGGGCGCUGGCACAGUCGUCGCACUGGGCCCCAAUACCUCGGGUUUCGAGAUUGGUGACCGUGUUGCGUGGUUGGCCACCAGUGGAUAUGCGGAAUAUACUGCUGCACCAGCUGCCAAGACUGUCAAGAUCCCUGAGGGCGUGAGCGAUGAGGACAUCAUGGCUUCGUUCCUGAGCGGGUUGACUACUCUUGCCUUUGCGACGGAAACUUAUGCUGUGCAGAAGGGCGACUGGGUACUUGUACAUGCUGCUGCAGGCGGUGCCGGAUUCCUCAUGACUCAGAUCCUAAAGAACAUCGGCGCUAAGGUCAUCGGUACUGCUGGUGGCCCGGAGAAGUGUGCGCUUGUGAAGAGCCUCGGAGCUGAUGUGGUCAUUGACUACCGCAGUGAGGAGGGUAAGGACUGGGUUAAGUUGGUAAAGGAAGCUACUGGCGGCCGUGGUGUCGAUGUGGUUUACGACUCGGUCGGCAAGGAUACGUGGGAAGGCAGCUUAGAGGCUGUGAAGCGCAAGGGUACUAUUGUCUGGUUCGGCAAUGCCAGUGGCCCUGUGCCUCCUAUUGCUCUCCCCAAACUCUCGCCCAAGUGUGUCAAGAUUGCUCGCCCUACCCUCUUCGGCUACAUUGAAACUCGUGAGGAAUUCGAGUUCUACACCAACAAGCUUUUCAGCAUGCUUCAAUCUGGUGCGCUCAAGGUGAAAAUUCACAAAGUAUAUCCGCUUGAGGAUGUCGCUCAGGUUCACAAGGACCUUGAGGGCCGUAAGACUACCGGAAAGCCCCUCCUGAAGCCUUGA